GCAAACCCCAGUCCCCGCCAGCCCAAUCGUGCUGGCGCUUUAAGGACGGGCGGGGCCGGCUGGGCGACAGCACUGGACACCUGGAGCUGCCCGGAGCCCGGGCCACCCGGAGUCUCGGCGAGGACGCGGAGGAGAGACCCGAGGGUCGCCGCCGGCGGGGUCGCUCAGCCCUAGCGUCCUCCGCCACCACACCUUCACCCGCGCCCGGCUCCCCGCGCGCCUGGACAGCGCCUGCUGCCCGCCUCCCAAUGGCCCUGCCCCAGAUGUGUGACGGGAGCCACACGGCCUCCACCCUCCGCUAUUGCAUGACGGUCAGCGGCACAGUGGUUCUGGUAGCUGGGACGCUCUGCUUUGCUUGGUGGAGCGAAGGGGAUGCAAGUACCCAGCCUGGCCAGCUGGCCCCACCCAUGGAGCAUCCGGUGCCCGAGGGCCCCAGCCCCCUGCUCAAGUCCGUCAGCUUCGUCUGCUGCGGCGCAGGUGGCCUGCUGCUGCUCAUUGGCCUGCUGUGGUCCUUCAAGGCCAGCACCCGGGGGCCACCCCGAUGGGACCUCUAUCACCUCUCCAGAGACCUGUACUACCUCACUGUGGAGUCCUCAGAGAAGGAGAGCUGCAGGACCCCCAAAGUGGUUGACAUCCCCACUUAUGAGGAAGCCGUGAGCUUCCCAGUGGCCGAGGGGCCCCCAACACCACCUGCAUACCCUAUGGAGGAAGCCCUGGAGCCAAGUGCACCAAAAGAUGCCCUGCUCAGCACCCAGCCCCCCUGGCCUCCACCCAGCUACGAGAGCAUCAGCCUUGCUCUUGAUGCCGUUUCUGCAGAGACGACACUGAGCACCACGUGCUCCUGCUCAGGCCUGGUUCAGACUGCACGGGGAGGAAGCUAAAGGCUUCUAGCGGGCCCUGAAUCCAGAGACAAAAAUGCUGUGCCUUUUCCGGAGUCUCGUGCAGUGCCUGGGCCACAGUAGGCACUCAACAGAUGUUCAUUGUCGCAGGCUGUUCUAUUUAUCUAUUGCUGUAUAGCAAACCACCCCAAAUUGAGUGGCUUAAAAUAAAUCCCAUUUUAUUAUAUCUCA